CCAACACAAGUAAUGAAGGAUCCUCAGUAAUGAUUUGAAAGUGACGCAGAGACAUCGGACUAACCCUCAGCAGAGUUUAUGCUCUUGAACACAACUUUGGAUCAGAAACCCAGAGCACAUUGCAAAGAUGGCAGACGGGAAGCAGAGCCCUGAGGAGAUGGCUGAAGAAGAUAGCGAGUCGAACGACGAGGACCUCCUGCAGCCGGAGAGACGCCCGCACAGCCGGCACUCACAUCAUGAUGUUCCACCAUCGGAAAGUGAUGAAGAGUACGAGACUCAGCCAUCAUCUUCCUCAUUUGGAUCUGACACGCAGUCCAAAGGAAAAGGAAAAGCCUCAUCAAACCCCAUGAAGCAUGUCCGCAGGUCUCCCCGAGGUGGGUCUCCAGCCCUCAGGUGGCGCAGCAGAGAGGAGAAGGACAGAGCACCAGAGCCUCGGAGCUUCAUGCCAGCCAGGGUCCCCGGCCCAGCGUUAGACCCCAGCGCAGCGUGGUCUCCCCUCUCCCUCUUCAGACUGUUCUUCAGCCCCUCCGUGGUCCAGAGGCUCGUGGACAACACCAAUGCAAACGCCCUGAAGAGGUCACGGGCUGGAAAGAAGUCCGCUUGGGAAGAGCUGACUGUGAGGGAGUUCUAUAUCUUCCUGGCCCUUACCAUUGUCUCCGGCCUCGUGCGCCUUCCCCACGUAUUGGACUACUGGAGGAAGAAAGGGCCGUACGACUUCCCAGUCCCACCUGAGAGCAUGUCCCGGACACGCUUUGAAGCCAUCCUGUGGUCGCUGCACAUGAGCGACCCUGAAGAAGACGAGGAGAACGAGCGCAAGAUGAACACGGCCGAGUACGACAGGCUCUUUAAGAUCAAGCCCCUUUACACGGACAUCAUAGCUGCCUGUAAAGCACACUUCCAGCCCUCUCAGAAGAUUGCAAUAGAUGAGAGGAUGGUGGCCUACAAGGCCCCGGAGCCGCAUCUGAGGGACCAGCCCAUAAAUUGGGGGUACAAACUGCUCGUGCUGGAGGACUCCUCCACGACAUACACCUGGAGCUUCUCUGUGUGCACGGGGGAGAGCGAGUCCACCACAGGCCGUGGACUCGGCUACUCCUCCGUGAUGGACCUCAUGCCCCUCCCUCUGCUCGGUGCGGGCUACACACUCUUUGUGGACAAGCAUCACACCAGCCCUGCCCUCUUUGAGCAUUUGUCCACGAAGAACAUUGGCUGUUGUGGGAUCAUUAGAAAAAAUAUAAUCGGUUUCCCACAGACGGAGUUGAAUGAACUUCCCAAAGAGGCUGAGAGGGGAGAUCUGCGGUGGAUAAGGAGAGGAGAGCUCCUGUUCGUCAAUUGGAUGGACAGCUGGGAAGUGUGCAUGUGCUCCACCGUGCACGAGGCCUUCAGCGGACAGACCCUCAGGAGGAAAGUCAAACGGGCCGGCGUGUGGCAGAUCAAGACUGUUCCCGUUCCUGACGCUGUGGUGGACUACGAGCAGAGCACGGGCGGCGAGGACGUGUCCGACGUGAACUGCAGCGCUCGCCACAAAACCGAGAAAUGGUACAAGACUUUUUUUUACCAUUUUCUGGACAUUUCCGUGGUGAACAGUUUCCUGCUCCACGAGGAGCUGUUCAAGAGGAGCAGUGACUCGGCCAGGACCAAGACCCUCACACGCAAGUCCUUCAGGGAGCAGCUGGCGGCAGAGAUGUUGGAGUUUGCUGAAGGCUCUGCAGCCCCGUCCCCCCAACCAUCCCCCCAACCAUCCCCCCCCAUCCCUCAAAUGCAUGCCCAUGUUUUAUGGGGAAGAUGGCCCCCAGUCCAGGAGGUACUGCAGGAGGUGCAGAGAUGCUGGCUCCAAGAGGGUGGAGACCCCGGUCUACUGCAGCAAGUGCCAGGUCCCUCUGUGCCUCACUGCCAACAAGAACUGCUUCAAGGAGUGGCACCUAAACCCUCACAUUCAGGAUGUUCUGCACGACUAAACCCUCACAUUCAGGAUGUUCUGAACGACUAAACCCUCACAUUCAGGAUGUUCUGUACGACUAAACCCUCACAUUCAGGAUGUUCUGUACGACUAAACCCUCACAUUCAGGAUGUUCUGCACGACUAAACCUCACAUUCAGGAUGUUCUGAACGACUAAACCCUCACAUUCAGGAUGUUCUGCACGACUAAACCCUCACAUUCAGGAUGUUCUGUACGACUAAACCCUCACAUUCAGGAUGUUCUGCACGACUAAACCCUCACAUUCAGGAUGCUCUGCACGACUAAACCCUCACAUUCAGGAUGUUCUGUACGACUAAACCCUCACAUUCAGGAUGUUCUGCACGACUAAACCCUCACAUUCAGGAUGUUCUGCACGACUAAACCCUCACAUUCAGGAUGUUCUGAACGACUAAACCCUCACAUUCAGGAUGUUCUGCCAGCGUGUUGUUUUCACCUACCUCUAAAGUAUCACAGUGUAAAUGACUGGCAGCAAAGUUACUGUGUUUUUACUUUACAGUAGAGAUCUUGUGUUUUAGCAAAAUCAGUUCUGUAUUUUGAUACUGUCAUUGUGUAUGUUGCUGUAAUCUCAGAAACAAUAUUAUACUGGUAUUGUGAAAUAGCAAUACACUGUUCUGUAUACAGUAUAAUUGUACAGUAGUGUUUGCAAUAAAACAGUUUA